ACUUCAAACGUCAAAGCGGAUGUGAAAUAAUGCGACCAAAUGUUAAAUGUCAUUGUGAUCAGAUCGCGUUAGACUCAAGACCGAACUCUCUCUACUCGCGACGCUAACCAGCAUCGAGAGUACGAUACUGACCGUAGGUUGUAACUACGUUACUUGGCUCUGUGUUAGCAACAAAUUAAGUGCUAAACAUACGCGACAGCUGGCGAGCGUACAAGGCAUAUUACAUACAAGGUAGACACGUACAAUGAGGGGUUUUCUUCUACAAACAGUUUUUUCGCUCGUUCUCCUGUCAUUUCACCGUCAUGGAAACGCUACGAGAUAUCUUCCCUCGAUCGUCUGGGAUCACUACAAUCCUAUGUUGGCUUGCAAGUGUAAUUGGUUCAACUUCGCUCGCUUCGAGAUUUACGAUCGAUUCGACUUCGUGUGUCCAACUCUGCAACUCAGCGUUGGGUUGCUGGACAGCCAAUCAAGACCGAAAGCUCAUAUGAAUUACCAUAUACUCAUGAGAAAAUGGAAAGGUGGAACAGAUUACGAAGGCUUAAAUGAACUAAAGAGAAACAUGACGAGUGGAGAAUUUUGUAAUCCAAGUCACAAAGAAACACAAAAAUUAUACACGUGCAAAAAUGGUGAUGACAAUCAAGGUUACACUGUAAGAUUUGCCAGGGACAACGAUUUCUACAAAGGAGACUUGGUCGUCUUUUUUAACAAUGAGGCUGACGGUCUAGUUUCUGAUCUCACUUCAAAUGACAAGCGCUGUGCUAUGGCCUUCGUUGUGAAUGUGACGUGGGGUGCUCCCGUCAACUAUGAUUUCAGUUACGGAAAAAAUUUAGACGGUAAAAGGAAGGGAUGCAACCACAUCAACAUGACAUGUUCUUCGUGUGAUUCAACACCAGAAUGGAGCUUCUCUACGUCCUCUACGCCCUCUACGCAGGCUGGGAGCACAACUGCAAAUUCAAGUGCAAAACCAACAGGAAAUAUAACAACAGCAACAACAACAACAAAAACAACAACAACAAAAGCUACUACGUCUACAACGAAACCAACCGUAGGUUGCAACAAUUCCCUGGGCUGCAAAUCGACGACAGCAGAUGGACAAAUUAAUAAUGCAUCAAGUAGUGGCCGACACGAUCCUGAUAAUUGCAAGAAAUGGGAUCACUUUAUAUAUGGUUGUCUUGGUGGAUUCGCAGCGGCAACGUUCCUAAAUAUUCUCGCUGCAAUAAUAUAUUGCCGGUGUCAUGGACGCCUGAAAAUUAAACAAAAAACAAAAACACAUUCUGCUUGUGAAUAUAAGAAUUCGAACGGUAAUGUUCCAAGCGUUAUUCUGAACAACAAUCUGGGAGAAGAUAAGGAGGCAAAACCUCUUCCAGAGAAAACCUCUUUUUCCGGAACAAUUUCAGAUCAACUCGGAAUCAAUAAUAUUGGUUUUCAUGGCACUAUGAAACGGGACAGUACCACGAGUCCAGCUUGAAAAAGAUCAUUUUCAAAAUGACAAAGUCACAGAGAGACAAAUGCAAAUGAUUCCACUGGCACUAUACACAGCUUAUGGGUCGAAUUUCGAUUAACACUUGUCAAUUCGUAUCAAUUAAUUUAUAAAAAAUCACAUUGCGGGUGAAUAUUCAAUAAUAUCCUUCAAUUAACAAUCUUAAAUGUCGCGAAUAGUAGUUAUACAACUGUAAAUAACACAAGUGAAUAGUAAAUAGAGAUUACCAUUUACCAGUAGAAACUGUUAGAUAGAAUAAAUUCAAUACCACUGGCAUAAAGGUGCCGGCCUCUGAAUGGGGCUUUAAUCCCACUUUGUUGAACAUCCUAAGUUCAUUAUCCACUGUUCCACAUAUCCCAUUAUACCCUAUACUGUCCCCUCACAGAAUGUUCUCAGAUAUUUUAAGUUGCACUUAUGCCGUUAUGCAGAUUACGCCGAGUACGUCAUCAUAAGAUCGUUUGAAUUACACAUAACAUUGACACAAAUAAUAUAAAGAAAAGUUAAACACUGAAGUACGUAUUAGUUAUCAGUGGACUUAUAGAAACGUUGAAUAACACGUGACCAACUAACAAUCACGUCAGAUUGAACAAAUUUAAAUUAGAUAUUUCACCACAACGAUAUUAAUGUAUAAUAUAAAAUUUGUAUGUAUUUGUAUAGAUUUAUAUCUGUAAAAUUUGCAAAAUUCACUAUUGUAAAAUGAAGUUA